AAUCUCUAUGGUAUUAGAGAGGCUUAGUCUUUAAAGCAACCUAUUAACAAUAAUUGUAUGCAAAGAAAGUUCAAUGCACUGUGGGGGCUCCUUCAUGAUCUAAACCAUAUUUGUCAACUCAAGACAAUUUUUCCCUACUUACAAUGUUUUUAUGGUAAAGUCCCCAUUUUCUCCUUCCUAGGAAGCAUAUAUGCAAGGAAAGAUGGCGUAGUCCUAUCAUUGUUGUAAGUUUAUGUUGGCAAAUCCUUUUCCUAGCACCAUCUCCAAAACCCCUCCUUUCAUCACUCUUUCACAAGAUGAAAACCAGCUUUUUCUCUUGGCUCUAUCUGUGAUCUUUUCUCUCAGGCUGCUGAUUACAUACUCAUAAGUCAUAGCACAGAAGCAUGUCCCUGGUAAGAUGGAAGAAGGAUGACCUAACAACGAUGACGGCAACGACAGGGGUGAAAGGCAGUCGCCCUGAUCGAACCACCCUCGCUGCGGUCGAGUCGUUGGCCGUACCUCUGGUGCAAGAAGUGGUGUUUUUAGCAGAUUUCCGGUGUGCCAGGUGCCAGAAGAGGGUGGCUGAGAUUAUGGCCAAAAUGAAUGGAGAGACUCAAUCUGUGGUGGUUAGCGUUCUGGAGAAGAAGGUAACACUCACUUGUUCAUAUCCAAAUGCUGAUAAAUUGCCCGGACGACAAGUUGCUGCUGUGUGCAGGAGUUCAUGGAGCAAGGUUUCCCUGAUCGUGCGCCUCUUUCGCUCUUCCUGCACUUAACUGCCUAACCAAAACGAUUCCACAGCAGAAGAAUUACUUACUUGAAAUAUAUAUACGUACAAAGAUUCCAAAUUUACUCGUAUAGAGCUGUUAGUACAACACUAUACAGGUGUAAAUAACCUUUUGGGCAGCGUUUUGACAACGUUUGGACAGUGAUUCACAGAGAUUAGGGCCUGUUUUGGUAAUAGAAAAUUCUUACUUUGGUGUUAAAUUCUUGUCUCUUACUGUUGUUCUGUUGUGAACUUUUAUGGGGGGAAAUAAGAAAUAAGUGGAGUAAAGCUUGUCAUCUCA